AUGUCGACGCGGUGCUUCGUUAACCCCACGUUGGCUGACUCCGCCGUCGCUUGCUCCUCUCCACGAAGAGGUCAGAGUACCCCUCUAAAGCGCAACUGUACCCCUCUAAAGCGCAACAGUACCCCUCUAAACCGCAACAGUACCCCUCUAAACCCCAACAGUACCCCUUUAAAGCGCAACAGCAUCCCUCUAAACCGCAACAGUACCCCUCUAAAGUGCAACAGUACCCCUCUAAACCCCAACAGCACCCCUCUAAACCGCAACAUGCAACAGUACCCCUCUAAAGCGCAACAGUACCCCUCUAAACCCCAACAGCAACCCUCCAAACCCCAACAGUACCCCUCUAAACCCCAACAGCACCCCUCUAAAGCGCAACAGCACCCCUCUAAAGCGCAACAGUACCCCUCUAAACUGCAACAGCACCCCUCUAAAGCGCAACAGUACCCCUCUAAACCGCAACAUACCCCUCUAAACCCCAACAGCACCCCUCUAAACCGCAACAGCACCCCUCUAAAGCGCAACAGCACCCCUCUAAACCGCAACAGUAACCCUCUAAACCACAAAUACCCCUCUAAACCGCAACAGUACCCAUCUAAACCGCAACAGUACCCCUCUAAACCGCAACAGUACCCAUCUAAAGCGCAACAGUACCCCUCUAAAGCGCAACAGUACCCCUCUAAAGCGCAACAGUACCCCUCUAAAGCGCAACAGCACCCCUCUAAACCCCAAGAGUACCCCUCUAAACCGCAACAUACCCCUCUAAACCGCAACAGUACCCCGCUAAAGCGCAACAGUACCCCUCUAAAGCGCAACAGUACCCCUCUAAAGCGCAACAGCAUCCCUCUAAACCGCAACAGUACCCCUCUAAACCGCAACAGCAACACUCUAAAGCGCAACAGUACUCAUCUAAACCGCAACAGCACCCAUCUAAACUGCAACAGCACCCCUCUAAAGCGCAACAGUACCCCUCUUAACCACAACAGUACCCCUCUAAACCGCAACAGUACCCCUCUAAACCGCAACAGUACCCCUCUAAAGCGCAACAGUACCCUCUAA